AUGAACUCAAUCGAAGACAAGCCGGCUGUGGCCGAACAUCACAUCACAGUUGAAACAUGCCCAGAUCCAGGUGGCUCUCCUGUCACCAGACAGUCUACUGAGGAAACAGUCGUGAGAGUCGACUACUCCGGAGCGUCCGCAAAGACAGACCCUGCAGAGAUCAAGCUGGUCCGAAAACUCGACAUGGUCAUCAUGCCCGUUGUCUGGCUCCUGGUCUUCCUCAACUUCUUCACCCGCCAGUCCCUCAGCGUCGCCCGGCUCGACGGCUUCGAGAGCGAGCUGGGCAUCUCGGGCACCGACUUCUCCCUCGCCAUCUCCAUCCAUUACAUUGGCUACCUCCUGGUCCAAGUCCCCUCCAACAUGCUGCUUACCAGGAUCUCGCCCCCCGUGUACCUGUCCGUGACGAUGGGCCUCAUGGCCGUCGGCACAGCCCUCACCGCCGUGCUGCACAACGGCCGCAGCCUGCUCAUCCAGCGCUUCUUCCUGGGCCUGAUCGCGGCGCCCAUCUACCCGGGGUGUAUAUACGUCAUAUCCCUCUUCUACAAGCGCAAGGAGCUGGCCGCGCGCGUCACCCUCGUCUACACGGCCAGCAUCUUCGCCACGGGCAUGAAUGGCCUCCUGGCCGCCCCGCUCUUCCGCACCAUGCGCGGCAAGCUCGGCUUGUCGGGCUGGAGGUGGCUGUAUAUUAUCUUCGGCGUCAUUUCAGUCGUAAUUUCGGCGUUGUCCUUCUUCAUCCUGCCGGACGAGCCUCUGAAGACGAAGUGGCUCACCCCCGCGGAGCGCCGCCUGGCCCACGACAGGAUCGCCGGGGACACGGUCGAGCGAAAGGAGAAGGGGAGCAUGGUGCGGGGGCUUAGGGAGGCUCUUAAGGACCGCCGGGUCUGGCUGUUCAUGAUCAUCCAGCACGUCAACGCGUUUGCGGGGAGCAUCCGGAUCUUCCUGCCCACGCUGCUUGCGACACUUGGCUUCAGCCAAUUCACGACCCUCGUGAUGACCUGCCCUCCCUAUCUUGUGGCCUGCCUCACAGCGAUGGGCGUGUCCAUCUCGUCCGGGCACUUCAACGAGCGCACGUGGCACCUCACGUCGCUCAAGACGCUCGCCGCCGUGGGGUUCGCCCUCGCGGCGGCGACGCUGAACCCGUCGGUGCGGUACUUUGCCGCUUUUGUGUUCAUCAUCGGCACCUGGGGCGGCACGUCCAUCACGCAGUCGUGGAUCGCCAGCACGUGCGCCCAGACCAAGGAGAAGAGGGCUGUUGCAAUUGCGCUGGGGAACAUAUCUGCUGCCUCGACGUUGAUUUGGACUCCGUAUCUGUGGCCUGAAUCAUCCGCUCCGAGAUAUGCGCUGCCUUUGAUCACAUGUGCUUCCGGGGCUGCGGUGUCCGUCGUGCUUUUCUGGCUUAUGAGGUGGGAUCUCAGGCGCCAGAAUAAGAGGAUUCGCGAGAACGAUUUGACAAGCCGGAUAUUCUACGCUUAUUGA